CGGGGUUUUGACGCUAAUAAUAAUCUUUAUUGUAAGUGGAAUCAGCGGCAGGUUUGGGACAGAAGGGAAAUAUGGCCGACACAAUAACACCGGAGAGUGAUUACGUUGGACAUAUUAAAGGAGGUCUGCGUCCUGCGAUGAGAAUCGUAGUGAUGGGAAUCAUUCACAAACAGCCAAAAAGUAUGAAGGUGACAUUGUCCUGCCCUGCUCGGGGAGAAGGUGACACGGAGCAGGAAGGUGACGUGGGGUUGCAGCUGAUGGUCAAGUUCACAGAAAAGGCAGUGGUCCGCAAUUCCCGAGUCAAUGGGAAAUGGGGGACGUCGGAAAGCAUCCUGUCUUUCUUCCCUUUUGCUGCUGGAGAGUCUUUUAAAAUGGAGAUCGUGUGUGAGCACCAGCAGUUCCGGAUCCUGGUGGACGGUCAGCCAUUGUGUGGAUUCACACACAGAGUGACCCAGCUGGCGUCUCUCACAUCCCUGCAUGUGGGUGGAGACCUGCAGCUCACCAAAGUCGCAUGAAAAGAAAAGUAUCACCAUCAAAAAAAAAAAAAAAAAAAAAAAAAAAACCAGGCACUCAUAAGCUAAUUGUAAACCUUUGAUACACAAAGUUCUUUCAAGAAAAUCUCUCUCCUUUAGUGACCUUUGACCCUCUGCAUUGACCACUGAGUCAGGAAAAAUAUACACACAUUCUCAUAACAAUUGAGAAAUAUUCCAAAGUUACAGUCAGAUGUGAUUUGUAUCACACUCAGACCUCAUGCACACACACACAUGGAUAUUUCUGGAAACGCAUUUUUCUCCUUUAAUGAAAAAAAAAAAGUCCAUACUUUUUUUUUCUUCCCAGGGAUUUCUCCCCAAUCCAGACAAAAAGCUAAAAGGUCUGACGUGAACAUGCCAGACCAGUAGGUGGCAGUAAACCGCAGUGCUAUCAAAUUCUCAAUUCUGAUUGGCCAGAAAGUGUUGCUUAAUUUUCUGGAAGAAUAGUGCAAAUCACAGCUUUGUAUUAAUGUGCUCAUCGUUUCUAUAGUAACGGCUAAUUCAGACAGUCUUACGCAGCAGACGCUCCUUAUAAAAAUACGUGGAAUCGUAAUCAUUGAUACGGUGAACAUUUCCCCAUAAGGAGACGUUUCUUUAAUGUUUAUGGAAGGAGUUUCCAGUGAGAGAGACUCAGCAAGAGAACAGCUGUUUAUAACAGAUAGAACAUCUGUGAGAACGUUGACGUUCCACAACUAUGGCGUAAGUAUAAAAAGAACGACAUGUCAUUAGUUAAUAAAUAAAACAUAGUUGUGAUAUUGCUGUGGUGUUCGAUCAAGCCUACUGGUUGUCAUGGAUACUGUAUUUUGUGUGAUGUAUCGGCCGAAACAAAGGGCUGAAAAACAGCGAGGAAAACAAACAACGACGCAAUCAUGUGAGAAUAAAGUCAGCAUUAUGUGCAAGUUCACGUCAUGAUACGGCAUUUGUGCAGAGGCCAAAGCAAACUGUAUUGUUUUCAAAAAUAUCCAUGUGGACGUUGUUUCAGUGACGCAAACCAGCAGCUGACAAUUUACGAUUCAUUCUCGUGAAUCCUGACGACAUUCGGCGAAGCUUUGAAUAAAAUAAGAUAUCUUUUAAAAAACACAUUUAUGAACUAGUCCUUCCAAGGAGGCAAAAAUAAUCUCUGACAUGUACUCCGACCUGCUCUGGCCUUGACCUUGACCUUUGGCUCUUUCAUAUUCCAACAGAAGUGCCUUGACAAGUGUGUGUGUGGCUCCACUGUCCUCAUGGAGGCAGUAAAAAUACAACCUGAAUGACUUCGGAAAGCUCUCAGAAAUUUCUGAUGCAAUAUGAAUAAUGUACAUGGUGCUAUAGAACAGGGUGAUGUGUGUGUGUCUCUGUGUGUGUGUCUGUGUGUGUGUGUGUGUGUGUGUGUGUGUCCCACACUCGCCUACAAUACACCCCCGGAAGUUCAUGUCUGCUGCAUUAGGGUUCACCUGAUCAUUUCUGUGUGUUUGCAUUCAGAUCUGUCCGAAUGCACGGCCCGUGAAAUCGACGUGUCUGGUCAUGAAACAAAAUAAAAAAACGAGACGUCUCUCAAGAUGCCUUUGUUUGAAUUUGAUUCAGUCUGAAACCAAUAAAAGUCUUUUUGCAAAUCGC